AUGCAGUCCUCUCUUUUACUUUUCUCUGCCGCCUUUGGCGCGGCCAACGCUUAUACCAUCACGACGGCCGACAGAUUCAUGUUGAAGAACAUUGACCCGAUUGUAUUUCCCGGACAGUACAGCAAGAGCCACUUGCACUCGUUUUUUGGAUCGGAUGCCGUCACCAUCAACACGACCACUUCAGCAGAGCUCCAGGCUGGCUGCUCGACCGCCCAGAACCCCAACGAUUACUCUGUCUACUGGGUUCCGACUCUGAUAUACACCAGCCCCACAGACAAUGCGCAGUAUCCUGUGCCGAUCAACCGCUUCAGCGCAUACUACGUCUCUAUUGAGAAUGCUGAGGUAGCAAUCCCUCAGAACUACAGGGGAGUGGCCGGAAAGUCAGGGGCGACAUCUCAGGCAGAUGUGGAGGACCUCGCCGGCAUCUCCUGGUUCUGCGAGGGUGACAGCGACCAGCCCGAGAAGGACGCCGCGGCGUUUCCGCUGAAGACCUGCAGCACGCAUCUGCAGACCCUACUGCUCUUCCACGACUGCGUCAACGAGGAGACGCUCGAUUCGGCCUACUCCGGCACUCAGAACUGGAACUCGACCUACAAGGCUACGAACCGCUGCCCCGAGGGCAUGAAGAGGAUGCCCCAGCUGCGAUUCUCCAUCCGCUACGACCUGCGCACGGCUCUCCCCGACGGCUGGGAGGGCCAGCCUCCUCUGGAGCUCGCCUGCGGGCCUGGCUACUGCAGCCACGGCGAUUUCAUCAACGGAUGGCUACCUGAGGCCGCCGAGAACAUGCUCCUGGCCAACGACAAGAGGGAGUUUGCUGGUGUCAGUGGUCCGGAUGGAGAUUACAAUGAUGGCUCAGUCUGCGGUGCUAAGAACGCCGUCGACGCUGACCCAGACCACGGCACGGACGAUUACGCCGAGAGUGUUGCUUUGAUGUCGAAGCGUAACGUUGACAGCAGGCGCCGCCGAGUCUAA